AUGGCGCUUAAAUCUAUCACAUUAGUGUACGAAAACUGUGGUGUACAAAUGAAGAUGUCAUCUUUAACACCGAAAUUGCCGCCGGAACACCAAGUGAAAACGAUGCAUCUAUCGAGUGAAGUGAGUUCAACUACGAAUGGUUUAGGGCACGAGGCACCGCCUUCCAGUUACAACGGGUUGCCGAGUCAACCAUUGACGGCUGAGCUUCUAGCUGAAAGGACGCUGGAGGGCCUCCUGGCUGAUCAUCCGGGAGAGCUUGUCAAGACCGGUUGUCCACAUGUUGUGUGUACAGUCCUACCACCACACUGGCGUUCAAACAAGACAUUACCAGUGGCAUUCAAAGUGGUAGCACUAGGAGAUGUCGGAGAUGGAACCCUCGUCACAGUUCGGGCUGGGAACGACGAGAAUUGUUCCGCGGAGCUCAGGAACUGUACAGCCGUUAUGAAGAACCAAGUAGCCAAGUUCAAUGAUUUAAGAUUCGUGGGGCGAAGUGGGAGGGGAAAAUCGUUCACGCUAACCAUUAUGCUGGCGACGUCUCCACCCCAAGUGGCAACUUACCAGAAGGCUAUAAAAGUGACAGUGGAUGGACCACGCGAACCCAGAUCUAAAACGAGACACCACGGUUUCCACCCGUUCCACUUUGGACCAAGAUUCGCGCCGGAUCCACUCAUGGGCUCUUUGCCUUUUAAGUUAUCUGGCAUAGCGCAUCAACUAGCCGGUCUGCCAGGCAACGAGUGGGGGGCGCUGGCUAGGCACUAUCCACCACCAAUGCUACCGUCGCAUCCACACUUUACACCACACGUUCUACCACCAGCACACUCUCAACCACACGUUCCUCCGCCACCACAUGAAAACGACAUUACUUCAGAGAACCCAACGACAAUGCACGCCCACAGUACAACGAGCCCCACAAAUUCCCGACCGAGCUCACCUCAAGAUGACGACGACAUAUCUGUAACGGCCUCGACCAGUCCCCCACCGGAUGACCGUCCUGGAGCAUUCACAUCAGUUACAAGGACUCGAAAACCUUUACAACCGCUCCCACCACCGUCGAGUCUUUUUCACAGCGCUCUUGCUGCGCAAUUGUUCCUAAAUUCUCCCUUACUCCCAACCCCACCGGCUUGGCUAUACUCUCAGCUCUAUGGAGGAUACGAUUGGUGGCUACGACCGCCACAACCCCACGACGACUCCAAUUCGAGUCCAGAUAGAGAAGAAACAGGGUCUACAAGCUCAAAGAAAAGACCUCUCACGCCAGAAUGGACAGACCAAGGCGUCAGGACUAGAAGUAAGGCGCUUAUUUCUUCUGAAAGACGACCGGUCGAUGUUUGGCGUCCGUAUUAA